GUCACAUGCCCAGGCAGUCAGCUGGCUCCGGGCAGCUUCACAGGCGGUGUGUUCGGUGCUCGGUGCUCGGUUAGCGGACGGACGGACAGACAGGAUGCCUUUCUCCGAGCUGUACUUUAACGUGGAUAACGGCUACCUGGAGGGCCUGGUGAGGGGCUUCAAGGCCGGGAUCCUGUCGCAGGGGGACUACCUGAACCUGGUGCAGUGCGAGACCCUGGAAGACCUGAAGCUGCACCUGCAGAGCACCGACUAUGGCAGCUUCCUGGCCAACGAGGCGUCUCCCCUCACCGUGUCCGUCAUCGACGACAAGCUGAAGGAGAAGAUGGUGGUGGAGUUCCGCCACAUGAGGAACCAGUCGUACGAGCCGCUGGCCAGCUUCAUGGACUUCAUCACGUACAGCUACAUGAUCGACAACGUGAUCCUGCUGAUCACGGGCACGCUGCACCAGCGGGCCAUCUCCGAGCUGGUGCCCAAGUGCCACCCGCUGGGCAGCUUCGAGCAGAUGGAGGCGGUGAACAUCGCCCAGACGCCCGCCGAGCUCUACAACGCCAUCCUGGUGGACACGCCGCUCGCUGCCUUCUUCCAGGACUGUAUAUCUGAGCAGGACCUGGACGAGAUGAACAUUGAAAUCAUCAGGAACACCCUGUACAAGGCUUACCUGGAGGCCUUCUACAAGUUCUGCUCCAACCUGGGAGGAACCACGGCCGACACCAUGUGUCCCAUCCUGGAGUUUGAGGCGGACCGGCGAGCCUUCAUCAUCACCAUCAACUCGUUCGGGACGGAGCUGUCGAAGGAAGACCGCGCCAAGCUGUUCCCGCACUGCGGCAAGCUUUACCCAGAAGGCCUUGCUCAGCUGGCCCGGGCCGACGACUACGAGCAGGUCAAGGCCGUGGCCGACUACUACCCUGAGUACAAGCUGCUGUUUGAAGGAGCCGGCAGUAACCCAGGAGACAAAACUCUGGAGGAUCGCUUCUUCGAGCACGAGGUGAAGCUCAACAAGCUGGCCUUCCUCAACCAGUUCCACUUCAGUGUGUUCUACGCCUACGUGAAGCUGAAGGAGCAGGAGUGCAGGAACAUCGUGUGGAUCGCCGAGUGCAUCGCCCAGCGGCACCGCGCCAAGAUCGACAACUACAUCCCCAUCUUCUGAGCCUCCUCUUCCUCCCUGCUCCUCUUCAUCAUCACCCUCGUCCUCCUCCUCCCCCUGUACAGACACAGCUGCUUCAGUUCCUGUCCUCAGACUCUCAGCUUGGUGUUGAUGGUUUUGAUUGUUGAGUGAAUUUGUGAGUUGGCUGUGUGGCAGCUGUAAGAUCCAGACUGAUUACUGUACUAGUUUAAUAUAAAAUCAACUUUCACACAAAGUCAGAUCAGAUGAUUAGAGAUUAAAGAAACUGAUUUCAGAUUCAACAAAUACCAUGGACACUAAAAGAAAAAAAUCACCUUGGGCCAACAUGUGGUGGCGUUUGUUUUAGUCUGUUAGGACUAGCAGAGGGGUGGAGUUUCUCUUCAGGACAGUCCAGGUCAGAGCCAGAGUGCACAGGGAGAUCCUCCACCUCCUUGAAUCUGUGUUCCCACCUGCAGGGGGCGCCGCAGAGGCUCAAACUGAGCUGAACAGAGUCAAGUGAACAGCGGUCAGUGGGGCUUUAAAGAAGCUCAGCUCUGUAGCUCCACAUUUCUCUGAGCUCAGAGGAAGGAAAUGUGGAACAUUUAGGAAGCAGAUGAUUGGUUCUCCUGUGGUUCUGCAGCCAGUCAGCAGCACAGAGCCUCAAUGCCAGUGCUAAUCUGCUCAAAC